CGAGUCGCGUAACCCUCGUAGCGAGGGAGAAAGAGGGGAAAACAAACCAACUGAUUCCUAUUGAGCACAAACCCUAAUUUCGACGAUCUGAUGGAGAACGACAAGCAGAUCGAAUCUCACCACCGCAAGCACCACCGUUCGUCUUCACCGUCCGACGAGGCCGAUAAAUCAUCGAAGCGGCACAAGCACCGUCAUCACAAGCACCACCACAGGCGCCAUCACCGGCAUCACCGUGAUAAGAAGGGCGACGAUGAGACGGAGCUGAUGGAUGUUACUCCGAUUGGAGUUAGUCACGGCGGUGAGGAUGACGUUGAGGAGGGGGAGAUUCUAGAUGAAGAAGGGCUCGCCAAUGUUAAGACGCCAGAUUCCGACGACGAAUCAGGAGAAAUCAAAUCCGAUCAAUUUCAAGGCUACCAUCUGCCUUUCGAUGGGGUUUCUGGUGCUCGGAAUGCCGAGACUUCUAAUGGUGUUCUAACUCGUGAAUCUGAAAGGAAGGACAAGAGGUGGUAUAAAGAGUAUGGAGGUCCUUCAGACAGAGUUGGUAAGAGAAGUGAUGAUAAUGGGAGGAGCUCACUUUCUUUGGAAAACUCUGAGUCUGAGGAGAAGCGUAAGAAUAGUAACUGGUCACCGACAAACCGCAGGCAGUUUAACGAAGUCCGUGCUCGGAGUAGGUCUAGGUCACAUGAUCGGGAGAGGGAAAUGUCAAGAUCAAGGCUUGUUGCGGCGGAUGAGUUUCCGGUCAGAGGGAGACAUCAUGAUCCGAGUAGGGAUUAUCUAUAUGACAGAGUUGAAGCAGGGAGAACUGAGGACAAUUAUUAUCGACGUGGGCGAUAUGGGGAAGAUGACAGGCAAUAUGGUCGAGAAAUCUUGGAAAGAGAAAGAAGUAAGGAGAGGGAUAUGGUCCGGGAGGGAAGCAUACGAGAUAAAGAUUCAGAAAGAAGUAAACGGAGAGAGAGAGAUAGUGAACGUAGAAAGGAAAGAGAACGAGGGAGUAGGAGGGAGAUUGAGGCUGAGCGUGAAAGGCUAAAAGACUAUGAACGGGAGCGAAGCAUUGAUAGGGAUAGGAGAAGGGAAUGGGAAAGGGAAAGACGAGGUAGGAGCAGUGAUAGGGAUAGGAGAAGGGAGAGGGAAGUAGAUUAUGUUCGAGACAGAGACAAUGAAAGAGGUAAGAGUAGAGAUAGAACAAGGUAUGAAAGUCGAGAGAGGAAGAGAGAAAAGGAAAGGGAGAAUGACAAAGAUAGGGACAAAGGAAGAGAACUCAAGACUGAUACCGAGAAGUAUAAAAAUGUUGAUGUGGACAACGGGGAAAGGUCCAGAAAUGAGGAUGCUCAAAAUGAUAAUGACGAAGGAGUUAUAUGGAAAUCUCCGGAGGAAGAAGAAGAAGAACUAAACAGAAUCAAGGAGGAGAGUAGGAAGCGAAUGGAAGCCAUACUGGAGAAAUAUAAGAAGAAGCCCGAUCAGCAAAACGAACUUUCUUCUCAGGAUAAGGGGAAAGAUGAUGUUAAAGAAAAUGGUGCUCCAGAUUCGGCUUCUUCCUCUAUUGUCUUAGCUGCUAAUGCUGAUCCAGCCAAAGAUAACUCGGACAUUUAUGCUAUAGAUAGUGAUGUUGCCAAAACAUCAUUAACAACUGGUGCGCCACCUACUAUGUUUGGAAUUUCUCACCCAGAGAGGACUUUAGCUCCAGCAGGGCUUGGCGAAGGUAGCCCGAAGAGUGAAAGAUCAGCUGACAUGUUUCAUGAUGAUAUAUUUGGAGAGUCCCCAGCUGCUAAUCAAAAAGUGGACCACACGCGAGGGAAAGGUGAUGGUGUUCCGAUGGUAAGGAGCGGGCUUUAUGAUAAUUGGGAUGAUGCAGAGGGCUAUUACAGCUAUCAGUUUGGCGAGCUAAUUGACGGUAGAUAUGAAGUCAUUGCUACACAUGGAAAAGGUGUCUUCUCUACUGUGGUUCGUGCUAAAGAUUUAAAAGCUGGACCAGCUGAACCUGAAGAAGUGGCUAUAAAAAUUAUUCGUAACAACGAGACAAUGCAUAAAGCUGGCCAGACUGAGGUGCAGAUAUUGAAGAAGCUGGCUGGUUCUGACCGAGAAGACAAGCGCCAUUGUGUUCGUUUUCUUUCAAGUUUUAAGUAUCGGAAUCACCUUUGCUUGGUGUUUGAGUCGCUCCAUUUGAAUCUUCGUGAGGUCUUGAAGAAGUUUGGCCGCAACAUCGGUCUUAAACUCUCUGCGGUUAGGUCUUAUUCAAAGCAGCUAUUCAUUGCCCUUAAACACUUGAAGAACUGUGGGGUUCUUCACUGCGAUAUAAAACCUGACAACAUGCUGGUAAAUGAGAACAAAAACGUCUUAAAGCUUUGUGACUUCGGUAAUGCGAUGUUUGCUGGCAAAAAUGAAGUUACGCCAUAUCUUGUUAGUCGUUUUUACAGAUCCCCUGAAAUCAUUCUGGGGCUCACCUAUGACCAUCCUCUGGAUAUAUGGUCAGUUGGCUGCUGUCUAUAUGAGCUAUAUUGUGGGAAAGUUCUUUUCCCUGGCGCCACAAAUAAUGAUAUGUUACGCCUUCAUAUGGAACUGAAAGGCCCCUUCCCCAAAAAGAUGCUUCGUAAGGGAGCAUUUAUUGAUCAGCACUUUGAUCAUGACUUGAACUUUUACGCUACAGAGGAGGACAAUGUUAGUGGAAAGAUGAUGAAGAGAAUGAUCGUAAAUGUAAAGCCGAAAGAUUUUGGUUCAAUUAUUAAAGGUUACCCUGGUGAGGAUCCCAAGAUGUUAGCUCAUUUCAGGGAUCUCUUAGACAAAAUUUUCAUCCUUGAUCCCGAGAAGAGACUGACUGUAAAACAGGCAUUAGCUCACCCAUUCAUCACUAGCAAAUGAAACUACGUUGCCGUUUUCUCUUCUCUGUUAUAUCAGGAAAUGCUGUCCUCCUCUGUACAUUAUACAUCUUAGUUUUAAUUCGAGGUUCUAAUCUUUGAACUGUCUCCAUUUUCUUUCUGCUGCUUGAGUGCUUUGGUUACAAUGUUGGCGUGGGUGGUGGUGUCUGGGUGGAGUUCUCACCGUUGGCGAUUCUCAAUGGGAAUUUACUUGUUUUAUUGACAUCUACCUACCAUGGCUUAGAGACAGUCCUAAAGUCUUUCAAUGCUUUAAAGGCACACAGGAGAAGGGUACUUUUGUCUGUACUGCAAAUGUCUAACUCAAGUGUAGUGACAGUAUAAUUCACAAUCUUAUUCAUCAAACCAUUGGGCAUCUAUGACAAAAUUGGUCAUCGCAUAUUGAUGUGUGGUUUAACUCGGCUUCCGUAAAACUUCGAGAGAGUAACGUAGGCUUGACGUUUUUUGGUCCGUAGUUAAUCCGUUCCUGCAUGUCACACGAGUUCAUGUGCUUUAUCCAAUGUAACUCUCGGCGCAUGCAUGUAGCAGUCGAACGAGCUAUUUUUCUACGACGGGUCCGGAACGGCGUAUAAAUAAUUAAUAUCUUAGGCCUUUGGUCCGUUAAAGGCCUGUCGAGG